AUGGCGUUUUUGAUGUUGGCAGCUGCAUUUGUUGGUUUCGUAACAAUCCUCUCUAAGCCUUGUGAUCGAAAUAAUCACACAAAUUGCACACAUCGACAUAAUAACGUUACAAAACCGCACCCGGAUCAGUAUUACAAAUUGCAGAAGAGUACGAGUAAAGAAAGGAUGAUAAAGAAUAAAGAAAGUGAUGCAGUGGCUGGUAAAGACGAUUGGGAAGAGUUAGAGAUAGUUCGAGAGGAUAUUCUGUAUAGAGAGGACCUCGCCACGCAGUAUCUAGCAGAAUUUUUUGUUAAUACUGAUGGUGAAAUUACUAGUUUGCAGGACACUCCGAUGAACGACGGGAAUGACAGAGAUGAGGAAUCCAUCCAUGUUUAA